CGGGGUUGGUGUUCCGGGGGCGCGGACACGGGGACGGACCUGAAAUAGAGGACCGGAAGUUGGGUGAAAAAAAGCCAUCAAAUCCAAGGAAAAUGUUCCGAAGAUCCAUUGUUAAUGUAAUACAGAAGCUUGCCAGGCAUGAAACCACUGAUGCCUCCUCCCUCAUACUUGAGAGAUCGUUGAACCGAGUGCAGCUGCUGGGUCGAGUGGGGCAAGACCCAGUGAUGAGGCAGGUCGAUGGAAAGAAUCCCGUGACUAUCUUCUCGUUAGCAACCAAUGAAAUGUGGCGGUCAGGUGACAGUGAUACGUUUGUCUCGGGUGAUAUCAACCAGAAGACCACUUGGCAUCGAAUUUCCAUUUUCAGACCCGGUUUGAGAGAUUUAGCGUAUCAGUAUGUGAAAAAAGGGGCCCGGAUUUACUUGGAAGGAAAGAUAGAUUAUGGCGAGUACACAGACAAGAACAAUGUGCGGCGUCAGGCAACCACUGUGGUGGCGGAUAAUAUAAUUUUUUUAAGUGACUCUGUGAAGGAGAAAGUCUGAAAAAGGCUCUUGCUGUACAAAACCAAGAUCAUUCCUCUGACUGGGCUCAUCCUCCUCCUCACAACCAUCAUCAUGUUCAAUACCACAAAUUCUAUAAGAUGGAAGCUGCUCUUUGUUAUUGCUUUUUCUCUAGUCUAGAAUUGCUCUCUUUGAAUUAUGUUGCAUAUUGUUUGUAAGGGAUUUGAUAAUAAAACAAUGAUGUACAGA